UGGUGUGUGAGAGGACAGCAGCCAUGCCACCCCCCUCUGACAUUGUCAAGGUGGCCAUCGAGUGGCCCGGUGCCAACGCCCAGCUCAUCGAGAUUGACCAGGUCAGUGUCCAGUCUAAAAACAUCACUCAAGGACAAGACAGACCAACACGAACAUCGGUUGUGCGCUGUAGAUUGCCUGCUGGGUAUCGACGAACAUUGGCGAUUCAACAUGUAGAAUCGUAGAGAAAUGAACAGAAAAUGACAGCCUCUGUGGUCAGAGGCGAUAGGACGGCCAGCCGCUGUGCAAUGCUGAUGUUUCUGUUGGUCUGUCUUGUCCUUAACAGCAUCAAUCCUCCACUCUGUCUACUCAACCCAAUUUCAUUUGUAUAUUUGUUUAACCCCAUUUUCUCCCCAAUUUUGAUCUUGUCUCAUCGCUGCAACUCCCCAACGGGCGGCGGAGGCGAAGGUCGAGUCAUGCGUCCUCCAAAACAUGACCUGCCGAACCGCACUUAACACCUGCCCGCUUAACCCGGAAGCCAGCCGCACCAAUGUGUCAGAGGAAACACUGUUCAACUGACGAUCGAGGUCAGCCUGCAGGCACCCGGCCCGCCACAAGGAGUUGCUAGAGCGCGAUGAGCCAAGUAAAGCCCCCCCCCCGGCCAAACCCUCCCCUAACCCGGACGACACUGGGCCGCCCUAUGGGACUCCCGGUCACGGCCGGUUGUGAUACAGCCCGGGAUCGAACCAGGGACUGGAGUGACGUCUCUAGCACUGCGAUGCAGAGCCUUAGACCGCUGCGCCACUCGGGAGGCCCUUCAACCAAACUUUUUAUUGAAGUCUGUUUUCCCUGUGCCAGCUACUUUAAACUCAAGAGACUCCACAUUAAAUAAUUGAAGGGAAAAGACAGCUACAGUAUGUUUUUUCUUCUCAGACAAGCAUAAACUACAUCACUGAGAUUUUGUUGGUCAGUCUAGCUCUAGCACAUAUCUUAUUUCUCUGUAUGUUGCUGCAACACAAUACAGUGGAUUUGAUUUUGUCCAACACAAUUUCAAUGGCGCCUACCCACCAACAAAUCCAUCAACGUUUAUUUUCCUCUGAUGAAAGCCAAGCAAAGCAAGGAGUGAGAACCAUUGUUAAAGUUAUAAAAGGGUAUUUUCUGACCAAUCAGCAACUAUCCUGUGAUUGCAGUGGCUUUGCAGAGUUUGACAGUUUUUUUGUCUGUCUGUCUGUUGUGUGUUUUGCAGAAGAAGCCCCUGUCAUCUAUCAUACGGGAGGUGUGUGAUGGGUAAGCACCAGCUCCACACCCAGCUGUUUCUGCUCUCGCUGGAGCUAAUGGCGGCACAAUGUUUAUGACUGAUUUAUAUAUGUGUGUGAUAUGAACACACACACCCUGCGUUCACUUACGUAAGACUAGUGCUAGCUAGACGGACUCAGUGGUAGCCAGAUGUAUAGCAGGUCCAUAAUAAGAACACACAGAGAAACAUUAGUAUGAGCCAUUACACAUGGACUGGAUCACACAUGUUCUUCAUGCCAGAAUUCGUAUUAUAUAAUUUUGCUUUAUAUCAUUAAAGUGGAACUGACAGCAUUUUAGCAAAAUGAAAUCUUAUUAAAAUCUGUUCAUAUCCCCAGGAAGAAUAUGACACCUUUUUUUCACACUUAGAUAGCGAGCACUUAGAUAUGGUCAUUUUCAUGUCAUCAAUUCAUAGAAUGUUUGGGAAUGACGUAUAGUAAGGCAUUUGUGAAAAUUCUAUAGCAAUAUAGAGUGGGAAAGCGGCCUUGUGUUUGGACAAUUAAUACACUGCAGUAAUAAAACCGAAUAAAAACAUCUGUCCUGUCCAAUACCGGUGUCUAUGCAGACCGGUGCGACAUAGCCAAUCAGAGCCACAGUAGGCCUAUAUGCAAAUAAGCCAUUUGCCAUACGGGCCUGCCAUCAUUCACUUUGAACUGGACUGUGUGUUUACAGGCAGUAGCAACAGCGUGACUUUAGAUCAUUAGAAAAUAUUCGCCAAAAGCCACAAAAUACACCUGAAUGGAUUUCUGCAAAUAUGUAAAUACCACGGGAGUCCUCUUACAUUUGGGAACUUCACAAACCUAUUGAUCAAACAACCAUGAAAAGGUAGGCUAUCUCUCCCUCAGUUGCCUAUGCUCAUCAACAACAACAAGAUCAACAACUAACGCUAGCCAGAGCGAGAUGAGCUAAAAUCUAACGAGGGAACCUUAGAUAAACCCUCUCAAACGUUUUCAGCUAGUUGGCCGAUAAACGAUGGGGAAUAAUAUCCUGCUCGUCCUUCUGCAGUUUGCUGCCAAUGCAUGCUUGUCCCAACCCAUGUUUUGACAACUGAAUGGGAACUGGCCUGCCCGCCCAUUUGAUCGAUGCCAAAUACAUUUGAUUGACAACUAAGAGAUAUAGUAUGCUAACUGUGGAUAACAGUCGUUAUCCACAGCUAGCUAACAAAGCGAUUCACAUUUCUUGCUAGCUAACCAAAUGACACCUGCAGCAUUUCUAGCUGUAGCCAACGACAAACAGUGCCUUCAGAAAGUAUUCAUACCCCUUGACUUAUUCCACAUGUAGUUGUUACAGCCUGAAUCCAUCUGUACACAAUAGCCCAGAAUGACAAAGUGAAAACAGGGUUUUAGAAAAUGUUUUCAAAUUGUUUGAAAAUGAAAUACAGAAAUGUCUCAUUUACAUAAGUAUUCACACACCUGAGUAAAUACAUGUUAGAAUCACCUUUGGCAGCGAUUACAGCUGUGAGUCUUUCUGGAUAAGUCUCUAAGAGUUUUGCAUACCUGGAUUGUACAAUAUUUGCAGAUAUUCUUACAAAAAUUCUUCAAGCUCUGUAAAGUUGGUUGUUGAUCAUUGCUAGACAGCCAUUUUCAAGUCCAUAGAUUUUAAAGCUAAUUUAAGUCAAAACUGUAAAUAGGCCACUCAUGAACAUGGAAUGUUGUCUUGGUAAUUCCAGUGUAUAUUUGGCCUUGUGUAUUAGGUUAUUGUCCUGCUUGAAGGUUAAUUUGUCUCCCAGUGUCUGUUGGAAAGCAGACUGAACCAGGUUUUCCUCUAGGAUUUUGCCUGUGCUUAGCUCUAUUCCGUUUCUUAUCAUAAAAACUCCCUAGUCCUUGCCGAUGACAAGCAUACAACCUAACAUGAUGCAGCCACCACCCUGCUUGAAAAUAUGAAGAGUGGUACUCAGUGAUGUGUUGUGUUGGAUUUGCCCCAAACAUAACGCUUUGUAUUCAGGACAUAAAGUGACAGGACAUUUAUUAGCCAUUUCUUAUUCUGUACAGGCUUCCUCAUUUUCACUCUGUCAUUUAGGUUAGUAUUGUGGAGUAACUACAAUGUUGUAGAUCCAUCCUCAGUUUUAGGCCAGUGACACAAAAUCUCAUUUUAAUCCAUUUUAAAUUCAGGCUGUAACACAACAAACUGUGGAAAAAGUCAAAGGGUGUGACUACUUUCUGAAGACACUGUAUAUAUAUUAUAUAUUAUCCUGUGUAGAAAUUGAACAGUUUGGAGUAACUGACUACCUAUUGGCAUACUGCUGAAGGUUCUGCACACAAUAACAAAUCCCAUUUGAAUGCCUUCUACAUUCUUGCUCCAUCAUACCAAUUGAUUCUAGUGACGCUAUACUGAUUCACUAUGCUACGUAAUUGUACAAGUUCAGAAUGAUUUUGCAUUAGGUGCAGAUAUUUAUUCAAUAAAAUACCAGGCAUUUCAGCGUAAUCCCCAGUGACACAUAAAUGCUCUGGUACUCCACCCUUUCAGAGCUUACUCACAUACAGUGGGGAAAAAAAGUAUUUAGUCAGCCACCAAUUGUGCAAGUUCUCCCACUUAAAAAGAUUAGAGAGGCCUGUAAUUUUCAUCAUAGGUACACGUCAACUUUGACAGACAAAAUUAGAUUUUUUUUCCAGAAAAUCACAUUGUAGGAUUUUUAAUGAAUUUAUUUACAAAUUAUGGUGGAAAAUAAGUAUUUGGUCACCUACAAACAAGCAAGAUUUCUGGCUCUCACAGACCUGUAACUUCUUCUUUAAGAGGCUCCUCUGUCCUCCACUCGUUACCUGUAUUAAUGGCACCUGUUUGAACUUGUUAUCAGUAUAAAAGACACCUGUCCACAACCUCAAACAGUCACACUCCAAACUCCACUAUGGCCAAGACCAAAGAGCUGUCAAAGGACACCAGAAACAAAAUUGUAGACCUGCACCAGGCUGGGGAGACUGAAUCUGCAAUAGGUAAGCAGCUUGGUUUGAAGAAAUCAACUGUGGGAGCAAUUAUUAGGAAAUGGAAGACAUACAAGACCACUGAUAAUCUCCCUCGAUCUGGGGCUCCACGCAAGAUCUCACCCCGUGGGGUCAAAAUGAUCAAAAGAACGGUGAGCAAAAAUCCCAGAACCACACGGGGGGACCUAGUGAAUGACCUGCAGAGAGCUGGGACCAAAAUAACAAAGCCUACCAUCAGUAACACACUACGCCGCCAGGGACUCAAAUCCUGCAGUGCCAGAUGUGUCCCCCUGCUUAUGCCAGUACAUGUCCAGGCCCAUCUGAAGUUUGCUAGAGUGCAUUUGGAUGAUCCAGAAGAGAUUUUGAGUGAAAACCUCCUUCCAUCAGCAAGGGCAUUGAAGAUGAAACGUGGCUGGGUCUUUCAGCAUGACAAUGAUCCCAAACACACCGCCCGGGCAACGAAGGAGUGGCUUCGUAAGAAGCAUUUCAAGGUCCUGGAGUGGCCUAGCCAGUCUCCAGAUCUCAACCCCAUAGAAAAUCUUUGGAGUGAGUUGAAAGUCCGUGUUGCCCAGCGACAGCCCCAAAACAUCACUGCUCUAGAGGAGAUCUGCAUGGAGUAAUGGGCCAAAAUACCAGCAACAGUGUGUGAAAACUUUAGACUUACAGAAAACGUUUGACCUGUGUCAUUGCCAACAAAGUGUAUAUAACAAAGUAUUGAGAAACUUUUGUUAUUGACCAAAUACUUAUUUUCCACCAUAAUUUGCAAAUAAAUUCAUUAAAAAUCCUACAAUGUGAUUUUCUGGAAAAAAAAAUAUUUUGUCUGUCAUAGUUGACGUGUACCUAUGAUGAAAAGUACAGGCCUCUCUCAUCUUUUUAAGUGGGAGAACUUGCACAAUUGGUGGCUGACUAAAUACUUUUUUUCCCCACUGUACCACUGCCAAUAAACAGACACAACCUCUAGCCAAUACUCAGGCUUCACUCACUAAAUCCAAAGUAUGCCACACAAGGACUACGUCCCAAAUGGCACCCUAUUCCCUAAAUAUCUAGGGAAUAGGGUGCCAUUUGGGACGCAUCCAAGGUGACCUUAAUCUGCACUUAGGCCAGACACAGUCUAAGUAAGUGUGCUUAGGGGUUAAAUUCGUUUGGCUAAGCUGAUAUCUGACUAUUGGAGUUAGUUAUAUUCAUCCAUUCUCCCUCCCUCUCUCUGUCCCAUCCACCUCUCUGUCUCUCAUGUCCGUUUCUAAAAGGCGUUCUUACACUAAAAAUAAUAGGUGUAGUGGCUCACAGAUAGGGGCCAGACGUGUUUUUAUGCUUUCAUAAACAUUUUGAUUUCUCUCUCUUUUUCACUUUUUGUCCCCGUUUGUCUGAAUGUUCAUAUUUCUCUUUCUGACUCGUUCUCCCCGAGUGCCUCCUCUCAUUGUCUUUCCAUUUCCUUUGUCUCCUGAUCCACCUUGUCUGUCCAUCAUGAAUACUGAGACUUUUUCUAACUUCCUACUUCUCCUCUCUCUCCAAUGCUUCCUCCCACUCCCUCGCUGUCUCCCUCUCUCACAUCUGAAUGCAUUACAUUUGUUUUCUAACACUUAACACCCACUGAAUAUCUCCUUGUGCAGUCUUCUCCAUCUGAUCUUCUGGCAAAUAGAAAUGCUGCAGGCUCCGAUAAUGACUUUUGUAAACCUUAUGCACAUGGUAUUUUCUGUAGGUUGGAAAAACAAACGCACAGCAUUAUAGUAGUAGGUCUUAUUGAGAAAUGUGUGGGUUUAGCUUCUGUCUGCCUCAUGUUUAGGGAGGUCAGUGCACUCGGUAUUGAGUGGAAUAUUGGUGAAUUCAGUCACCUACUUUUAAAUAGAUUUUGUGCAUGUGCAUGUGUGUGUGUCCACAGCUGGUCUCUGUCUGGCUCGGAGCAGUUUGCCCUGCGUUAUGCUGACGGUCCUCAGCUCUACAUUACUGAGCAGGUGAGCCUCAGCACCUUGGCAUAUAUAAAGUGCUGUUUACAAUUCUUCACUGUAAUACACUACAUGGUUCCUUAGUAUGUUACUGUUACUAUGGCAUAUUACCAAUGACUCUAGAGAAGUGCUGUGGUAGUAGCAAUGUUCACAAUUUCAUUUUAUUUCUUUCCAGAGCCGUAGUGAAAUCAAGAAUGGAACCAUCCUUCGAUUAGCCAUAUCUCCUGUGAGACACUUUCUCUUCUUGUACAUGCAGUUCUUUUCUCUUUUUUUUCAUAUAAAUUACCAGUAUUUCUUAGGUAUACAGUGGGGGAAAAAAGUAUUUAGUCAGCCACCAAUUGUGCAAGUUCUCCCACUUAAAAAGAUGAGAGAGGCCUGUAAUUUUCAUCAUAGGUACACGUCAACUAUGACAGACAAAAUGAGAAUUUUUUUUCCAGAAAAUCACAUUGUAGGAUUUUUAAUGAAUUUAUUUGCAAAUUAUGGUGGAAAAUAAGUAUUUGGUCACCUACAAACAAGCAAGAUUUCUGGCUCUCACAGACCUGUAACUUCUUCUUUAAGAGGCUCCUCUGUCCUCCACUCGUUACCUGUAUUAAUGGCACCUGUUUGAACUUGUUAUCAGUAUAAAAGACACCUGUCCACAACCUCAAACAGUCACAAUCCAAACUCCACUAUGGCCAAGACCAAAGAGCUGUCAAAGGACACCAGAAACAAAAUUGUAGACCUGCACCAGGCUGGGAAGACUGAAUCUGCAAUAGGUAAGCAGCUUGGUUUGAAGAAAUCAACUGUGGGAGCAAUUAUUAGGAAAUGGAAGACAUACAAGACCACUGAUAAUCUCCCUCGAUCUGGGGCUCCACGCAAGAUCUCACCCCGUGGGGUCAAAAUGAUCACAAGAACGGUGAGCAAAAAUCCCAGAACCACACAGGGGGACCUAGUGAAUGACCUGCAGAGAGCUGGGACCAAAGUAACAAAGCCUACCAUCAGUAACACACUACGCCGCCAGGGACUCAAAUCCUACAGUGCCAGACGUGUCCCCCUGCUUAAGCCAGUACAUGUCCAGGCCCGUCUGAAGUUUGCUAGAGUGCAUUUGGAUGAUCCAGAAGAGGAUUGGGAGAAUGUCAUAUGGUCAGAUGAAACCAAAAUAUAACGUUUUGGUAAAAACUCAACUCGUCGUGUUUGGAGGACAAAGAAUGCUGAGUUGCAUCCAAAGAACACCAUACCUACUGUGAAGCAUGGGGGUUGAAACAUCAUGCUUUGGGGCUGUUUUUCUGCAAAGGGACCAGGACGACUGAUCUGUGUAAAGGAAAGAAUGAAUGGGGCCAUGUAUCGUGAGAUUUUGAGUGAAAACCUCCUUCCAUCAGCAAGGGCAUUGAAGAUGAAAUGUGGCUGGGUCUUUCAGCAUGACAAUGAUCCCAAACACACCGCCCGGGCAACGAAGGAGUGGCUUCGUAAGAAGCAUUUCAAGGUCCUGGAGUGGCCUAGCCAGUCUCCAGAUCUCAACCCCAUAGAAAAUCUUUGGAGGGAGUUGAAAGUCUGUGUUGCCCAGCGACAGCCCCAAAACAUCACUGCUCUAGAGGAGAUCUGCAUGGAGUAAUGGGCCAAAAUACCAGCAACAGUGUGUGAAAACCUUGUGAUGACUUACAGAAAACGUUUGACCUGUGUCAUUGCCAACAAAGGGUAUAUAACAAAGUAUAGAGAAACUUUUGUUAUUGAUCAAAUACUUAUUUUCCACCAUAAUUUGCAAAUAAAUUCAUUAAAAAUCCUACAAUGUGAUUUUCUGGAAUUUUUUUUCUCAUUUUGUCUGUCAUAGUUGACGUGUACCUAUGAUGAAAAUGACAGGCCUCUCUCAUCUUUUUAAGUGGGAGAACAUGCACAAUUGGUGGCUGACUAAAUACUUUUUUCCCCCACUGAAUUUUAUUAACUCUAUAUAAUGACGGCAUUGCAGUGCACAAUAAUGGUAGCUGCAUUAGACAAACCCUAUUGCUAAGUUAUAGACGUCUCAGCAACAGUUGCUGCCUGCAUCAAGCUAAUGUAGUCAUUGAGGUAAAGCAGGUAAAAACAGUCAAUAAUGGCCACCAUUGCCGUGCCUGAUUGCCCCCCCCCCCCCCCCCCCCCCCAAAAAAAAAUUAGGCCCGUGCAGCGCGGCAGCUCCUGGACAGGAUCCAGUCCCACGGCAUAGACGCCCGCCUGGAGGCCCUGAAGGAGCUGGCCAAGCUGUCAGCUGACCCCACCUUCGCCACCGAGUUCAUCAACAUGGAGGGCAUUGGGACCCUGGCGCGCCUGGUGGAGAGUGGCACCCAGUGAGUCUCAUACAAACAGACAAACCAUGGGUCUAUUGUAGGCUACACGCCACAGCCAUAGACAUUAAUGUGCAUUUGUCUAAAGCAGGGGUCUCAAACUGGCGUCCCACGGGCCAGAGUCGGCCCACAAGUCAAUUUUUUAUGUGCCCCCAGGGCAAAAUUAGAUUGAGACCCUUGGUCUAAAGGUACUUCUACUGGCUACUAGAAGCCUCUCCGGAGAUGGUUACUGUGGGCUAACACUGAUUGCCCCAUACUGAUAGCAUGCUGUUUGUUUGUGGCUGUAGUUGUUGGUGGUGCAUAGGGAGAGUUGUGUUAUGGCUUUGUUUGUGAAUAUGGCCCUAUUUGUUUACUCAGUGUAUGUAUAGAGUGUUGUCCUCUGACUCUAGUCUGCGCUCUCCUCCUCAGCUUUGGGGAGAUGCUGGCCUUCACUCUCACAGCCUUCCUGGAGCUGAUGGACCAUGGCAUCGUGUCCUGGGACCUCAUCUCUCUGUCCUUCAUCAAACAGGUUAGAACUCGCCUCUUUACUUCCACAAAACACACCACUCUUCAUAAAACGUGGCAUAUAAGGAAGCCCAUAUGUCAGAUUCCUACACUGUCUGCAAUGGAAAAAAUACGUAAUGUAUUUCUUGAUUAUUUUGAUGAAACUUAUAUGUGAAUUUUCGUCUGUAUAUUAGUUUGGGUAGUUUCAGUAGUUUGAGGCCUAUCUCGAAGUCCUCCCCUUAGUUUUUUUUCUCUCUUUUCUUUAAUUACUUGACCUUCAACCCCUCAUUGGCUGCCAGAACUGAGUGGGUUGCUGUUACCUAGCAACACCCCAUGUUAUUUGGAGCUCUUUCAGCUGCAUCUUCUGUGGAUAGUUUUCUCCCUGAUGAAGUCCUCUGACGUGCUGCACAACAACAAGCACUAUACAAGGAAAACAAGUCAUACAGUUGAAGUCGGAAGUUUACAUACACCUUAGCCAAAUAUAAUUAAACUCAGUUUUUCACAAUUCCUGACAUUUAAUCCUAGUAAAAAUUCCCUGUCUUAGGUCAGUUAGGAUCACCACUUUAUUUUAAGAAUGUGAAAAGUCAGAAUAAUAGUAGAGAAUUAUUUAUUUCAGCUUUUAUUUAUUUCAUCACAUUCCCAGUGGGUCAGAAGUUUACAUACAGUCAAUUAUUAUUUGGUAGCAUUGCCUUUAAAUUGUUUUUCUUGGGUCAAACGUUUCGGGUAGCCUUCCACAAGCUUCCCACAAUAAGUUGGGUGAAUUUUGGCCCAUUCCUCCAGACAGAGCUGGUGUAACUGAGUCAGGUUUGUAGGCCUCCUUGCUCACACACGCUUUUUCAGCCAUUUUGCCACAACUUUGCAAGUAUGCUUGGGGUCAUUGUCCAUUUGGAAGACCCAUUUGCGACCAAGCUUUAACUUCCUGACUGAUGUCUUGAGAUGUUGCUUCAAUAUAUCCACAUAAUUUUCCUUCCUCAUGAUGCCAUCUAUUUUGUGAAGUGCACCAGUCCCUCCUGCAGCAAAGCACCCCCACAGCAUGAUGCUGACACCCCCGUUCUUCACGGUUGGGAUGGUGUUCUUCGGCUUGCAAGCAUCCCCCUUUUUCCUCCAAACAUAACGAUGGUCAUUAUGACCUAUUUUUGUUUCAUCAGAUCAGAGGACAUUUCUCCAAAAAGUACGAUCUUUGUCCCCAUGUGCAGUUGCAAACCGUAGUCUGGCUUUUUUAUGGUGGUUUUGGAGCAGUGGCUUCUUCCUUGCUGAGCGGCCUUUCAGGUUAUGUCGAUAUAGGACUAGUUUUACUGUGGAUAUAGAUACUUUUGUACCUGUUUCCUCCAGCAUCUUCACAAGGUCCUUUGCUGUUGUUCUGGGAUUGAUUUGCACUUUUCGCACCAAAGUACGUUCAUCUCUAGGACACAGAACGCGUCUCCUUCCUGAGCGGUAUGACGGCUGCUUGGUCCCAUGGGGUUUAUACUUGCGUACUAUUGUUUGUACAGAUGAACGCGGUACCUUCAGGCGUUUGGAAAUUGCUCCCAAGGAUGAACCAGACUUGUGGAGGUCUACCAAUUUUUCUGAGGUCUUGGCUGAUUUAUUUUGAUUUUCCCAUGAUGUCAAGCAAAGAGGCACUGAGUUUGAAGGUAGUCCUUCAAAUACAUCCACAGGUACACAUCCAAUUGACUCAAAUUAUGUCAGUUAGCCUAUCCAGAAGCUUCUAAAGCCAUGACAUAAUUUAAUAGUUUAAAGGCACAGUCAACUUGGUGUAUGUAAACAUCUGACCCACUGGAAUUGUGAUACAGUGAAUUAUAAGUGAAAUAAUCUGUCUGUAAACAAUUGUUUUAUAAAUUACUUGUGUCAUGCACAAAGUAAUGUCCUAACCGACUUGCCAAAACUAUAGUUUGUUAACAAGAAGUUUGUGGAGUGGUUGAAAAACGAGUUUUAAUAACUCCAACCUAAGUGUAUGUAAACAUCCGACUUCAACUGUAUGUGUCUUUCUAUGGGCUAUAGCUAUGGAUCGUUUGGAUCGUUUUUGGAUCAUAUGGAUCCAACUGCCAACUGUAUGUCAUUUGACAGACAUACAUUUCAAGUCCUAAUCUCAAACCUUAGUAAAUCAGCUUUCAAAUCUACCUCAUAAACCUAGGUGUAAUCAACAAGACCCUAGAUUUAGGUGUCCAUUUUAAAAUAGUAUUUCCCUCCCUUGUCUGGUCAGAUUGCGGGCUACGUGAACCAGCCAAUGGUGGACGUGUCCAUCCUGCAGCGCUCACUGGCCAUCCUGGAAAGCAUGGUCCUCAACAGCCACAGCCUCUACCACCGGGUGGCGCAGGAGAUCACCAUUGGACAGCUCAUCGGACACCUGCAAGUGUGAGCACACACACACGCACUGGGGCCUCCCACAUACAGUUGUGUGGGGGAUGUAGUCGGAGUUAGUGUGUAGAAAUGUAGUGGCGUGACUAACGUCAGUGCAAUAGAGCGUAGAUGACAAGCCUUGCCUUGCUCUGCCUCCUUGUAAUUAUGACUGAGCUUAGAAGUGUAGAACCCCAGACUAAUACUAUGAGUACUGUACUAAUACACUUAACCAGUGGCAACUUAACAUUUUGUGCCCAUGUGACAAUUCCUAGAACCAGAUGCUUCUAACUGGUGUUGCUGUGUCUGAUGUAACUUUUAGAUCCAAUCAGGAGAUCCAGACAUAUGCCAUCGCACUCAUCAACGCCCUCUUCCUCAAGGCACCGGAGGACAGACGGCAGGUCAGUACAGUACCUGCUCACCAGCACACCGGAAGGGUCCUCUUGCAAAAUAUUGACACUUAACUAUGAUCACUCAUACAUGAAUGCCACCUAUAAAGGAUAGACAGUGUCUUAACCCAGUUUUCAUGUAUUGUAGUCACUAGCACAUAACCCCCACUGAACGGGUCCUCUGCAACAUAUUUACACUCAACCAUCGUCACUCGUACAUGCAUAGCACAUAUAAGGGUUAGAAAGUCUUAACACAGGUCUCAUAUAUGGUACAGUCAUUAGCACACACAUCAGGGUAAUGUAAUGCAAGCUCACUGUUAAUACACACUUCAUGGUCACUCAUACACAUAUCAUGUUCUGUAAUACAUAACCCAUGUCAUAUAGGCCAACCCCACUGUCACUGAGUUUUAUGAUCUAUGGUCAUUCUGUGCUCUGCUCUCUAUGCUAUGCUUAGUCAGUCCAGCUAUUUUAACCUUAGUCAGUCCACCUAUUUUCACCUUAGUCAGUCCACCUAUUUUCACCUUAGUCAGUCCACCUAUUUUCACCUUAGUCAGUCCACCUAUUUUCACCUUAGUCAGUCCACCUAUUUUCUUAUUUUCCUUAUUGAAGUAGGUCUUUACCUUGAAAUGUGCACACACAAUAUGAAAGGUGGUGUUCUGCCACCUCUGGUCUCUUGGCCCUCCCACCUCUAUGGGAGGGCAGCUCCUGCUCAGCGCAGUCCAAGCUCUUCUCUGUCCUGGCAUCCCAAUGGUGGAACCAGCUUCCCCCUGAAGCUAGGACAGCAGAGUCCCUGCCAUCUUCCGAAAACAUCUGAAACUCUACCUCUUCAAAGAGUAUCUUAAAUAAUCCCACAGCACCCCCCCCUCGCACCCCCUUCCAAAAUAAUCCCUUUCGUGAACCAACACUCGCACUUUACCCCCCCCCCACCCUUACUAGCUCAGACUUUGCUCAUAGCUACUUUAAUGAGGAAAAAUGUACUUACUGUGAUAUGUGGUUGUCCCACCUAGCUAUCUUAAGAUGAAUGCUCUAACUGUAAGUCGCUCUGGAUAAGAGCGUCUGCUUAAUGACUAAAAUGCAAAAUGUUAUGCAUCAUAAAGUAAACUGUCAAGCAACCACUCUAAUAUACCAGCACAGAGUUUCUCUGAGAAACAGAGUAGAACUGCCUUGGCAGACAGACAGACAGUAUGUGUCAGACAGAUGUGGAUACAGGAGUUUGUGUGCUAUGACAUCAUGUAGGAAGUCACCCACACAAUACUUUCUUCUCUUACAUCCUGUCUGGUAGAUGCAUGGGGAAAAGAGAGAACAUUUUGAUUUCCAAAUUUGACAUUAUGCAAUUAAAAGAGGUGGCCGCACACUGUAAAAUAAAUAAUUGUCAGACUCAGAACACUGAACAAAAAUAUAAACACAACAUGUAAAAUGUUGGUCCCUGUUAACGAGCAUUUAUCCUUUGCCAAGAUAAUCUAUCCACCUGACAGGUGUGGCAUAUCAAUAAGAUGAUUAAACAGCAUGAUCAUUACACAGAUGCACCUUGUGCUGGGGACAAUAAAAGGCUACUCUAAAAUGUGCAGUUUUGUCACACAACACAAUGCUACAGAUGUCUCAAGUUUUCAGGGAGCGUGCAAUUGGCAUGUUGACUGCAGGAAUGUUCACCAGAGCUGUUGCCAGAGAAUGUAAUGUUAAUUUCUCUACCAUAAGCCGCCUCCAACUUAUUUUUUUAGAAUUUGUCAGUAGGUCCAACCGGCCUCACGACUGCAGAUCAUGUGUAACUACGCCAGCCCAGGACCUCCACAUCUGGCUUCUUUACCUGCGGGAUGGUCUGAGACCAGCCACCUGGACAGCUGAUGAAACUGUUGGUUUGCACAACCAAAUCAUUUCUGCACAAACUGUCAGAAACCAUCUCAGGGAAGCUCAUCUGCAUGCUCGUCAUCCUCACCAGGGUCUUGACCUGACUGCAGUUCGGCAUCGUCACCGACUUCAGUGGGCAAAUGCUAACCUUCGAUGGCCACUGGCACUCUGGAGAACUGUGCUCUUCACAGAUUAAUCCCGGUUUCAACUGUACCGGGCAGAUGGCAGACAACGUGUAUGGCAUUGUGUGGGCAAGCGGUUUGCUGAUGUCAACGUUGUGAACAGAGUGCGCCAUGGUGGCGGUUGGGUUAUGGUAUGGGCAGGCAUAAGCUACCGACAACGAACACAAUUGCAUUUUAUCGAUGGCAAUUUGAAUGCACAGAAAUACCGUGACGAGAUCCUGAGGCCCAUUGUCAUGCCAUUCCUCCACCGCCAUCACCUCAUGUUUCAGCAUGAUAAUGCUGAACGUCUAGGAGCAACAGCGGCUCAGCCGCAAAGUGGUAGGCCACACAAGCUCACAGAACGGGACUGCCAAGUGCUGAAGCGCGUAACACGUACAAAUCCUCUGUCCUCGGUUGCAGCACUCACUACCGAGUUCCAAACUGCCUCUGGAAGCAACGUCAGCACAAUAGCUGUUAGUCGGGAGAUUCAUGAAAUGGGUUUUCAUGGCCGAGCAGCCGCACACAAGCCUAAAAUCACCAUGCUCAAUGCCAAGCGUCGGCUGGAGUGGUGUCAAUCUCACCGCCAUUAGACUCUGGAGCAGUGGAGACGCGUUCUCUGGAGUGAUGAAUCAUGCUUCACCAUCUGGCAAUCCGACGGACGAAUCAGGGUUUGGUGGAUGCCAGGAGCACGCUACCUGCCCCAAUGCAUAGUGCCAUCUGUAAAGUUUGGUGGAGGAGGAUUAAUGGCCUGGGGCUGUUUUUCAUGGUUCUGGCUAGGCCCCUUAGUUCCAGUGAAGGGAAAUCUUAAUGCUACAGCAUACAAUGACAUUCUAGACGAUUCUGUUCUUCCAACUUUGUGGCAACAGUUUGGGGAAGGCCCUUUCCUGUUUCAGCGUGACAAUGCCCCCAUGCACAAAGUGAGGUCCAUACAGAAAUGGUUUGUCAAGAUCGGUGUGGAAGAACUUGACUGGCCUGCACAGAGCCCUGACCUCAACCCCAUUGAACACCUUUGGGAUGAAUUGGAACGCAGACUGCGAGCCAGGCCUAGUCGGCCAACAUCAGUGCCCAACCUCACUAAUGCUCUUGUGGCUGAAUGGAAGCAAGUCCCCACAGCAAUGUUCCAACAUCUAGUGGAAAGCCUUCCCAGAGGAGUGGAGGCUGUUAUAGCAGCAAAGGGAGGACACACUCCAUAUUAAUACCAAUUUUUUUGGAAUGAGAUGUUUGACGAGCAGGUGUCCACAUACUUUUGGUCAUGUAGUGUAUCUGUGACCAACAGAUGCAUAUCUGUAUUCCCAGUCGUGAAAUUCAUAGAUUAGGGCCUAAUAAAUGUAUUUCAAUUGACUGAUUUCCUUAUAUGAACUGUAACAGAGUAAAAUCGUUGAAAUUGUUGCGUUAUAUAUUUUGGUUCAGUGUAGUAUAUUUAUUUUACAAAAGUAAUGAAGUGAAGAUAUCAUAUUUUGAAGUGCAAAAAUAAAAUUUGACAUCAAACCUACAUGUAUACUAUUCAUACAACCAGAGGAGCAUGUCAGUCUGAGCUCUGUCUUUCAGCCUCUAGAGACUCCAUGCUAUGCUGUACUGUACUGUGCUCUACUGUGCUGUGUGUUCAUGCAUUGCCACACAACACUGCAUUGUGUUGUACAUCUCAUUCAGUGCUGUGCCAUACUCCGCUGUGCAUUGCCGUAUUGUGCUGUGAUGUGCUGUUCCUCACUACCAAGGUGUACUGUACUGUACCAUGCUGUUACUGUGCAUGCUGUGUCUUGUGAUGUGUGCCUAUAAGUGUGCACUCUUUGUUUCCAUUGCCGUCACGCCUGCACCCCUCCUCCCAACCCACCCCCUCAGGAGGAGCAUACUAACCCCCUGGACCAGCAGCUCACUGUGAGUACACAUCAUUCCACAAUCCUUCACUCCAUCCCCUCAGCCCCCCCCCCCCCCCCCUUCCUGAUCCAUAGAGAACUGUGGACUGCCACCGUCAUCGUCCAAUCAACUUAGAUAAAGUCAGCCGUGAAGAAUACAUUAUGCAAUCCUUUCAUAGUCACUCUGGAUCCCCCUAGUUGUAGAAGCAGCAUUCUGCACUCUGAGACAUGUCUCACUGCUGUAAGGGGGAGAUAUGUUUCUGAUGAUGUGACCCCACCCAAAAAUGGAAAUGUAACAGUUAUGAACCCCUUUCAGGGUUGUGUGAUAUGGCUGUAAGCCUUUCCUCAAAUUAGAUAUUGUUGUCUGGUAGUAAGCUUAUUGGCUAACUAUUUCCAUACCAGGCCUCGCUUUUGAGUCUCACUGUAUUUGUCUAUCUUCCUCUCAGGAGAUGGCGAGCACCCUGGCACAGAAACACCUACGAUCCAUCAUCCUCAAUGUGAGUGUCAGGGAAAGCCUGAGUGUACUUGUCUUGGAUGGCACAAACCAGAGCUACAACUAACCAGCCCUUCAUAAUAACACAAUGCUUUCUAAACAGCCCUUCAUAAUAACGUGACGCUUUCUAAACAGCCCUUCAUAAUAACGUGAUGCUUUCUAAACAGCCCUUCAUAAUAACGUGAUGCUUUCUAAACAGCCCUUCAUAAUAACGAGAUGCUUUCUAAACAGCCCUUCAUAAUAACGUGACGCUUUCUAAACAGCCCUUCAUAAUAACGUGAUGCUUUCUAAACAGCCCUUCAUAAUAACGAGAUGCUUUCUAAACAGCCCUUCAUAAUAACGAGAUGCUUUCUAAACAGCCCUUCAUAAUAACGAGAUGCUUUCUAAACAGCCCUUCAUAAUAACAAGAUGCUUUCUAAACAGCCCUUCAUAAUAACGUGGUGCUUUCUAAAUAGCCCUUCAUAAUAACGUGAUGCUUUCUAAACAGCCCUUCAUAAUAACGUGAUGCCUGACUCUCACAACGUGAUGCUUUCUAAACAGCCCUUCAUAAUAACACGAUGCUUUCUAAACAGCCCUUCUUAAUAACACAAUGCUUUCUAAACAGCCCUUCAUAAUAACACAAUGCUUUAGAAAGCAUCACGUUAUUAUGAAGGGCUAUUUAGAAAGCACCUCGUUAUUAUGAAGGGCUGUUUAGAAAGCAUCUCGUUAUUAUGAAGGGCUGUUUAGAAAGCAUCUCGUUAUUAUGAAGGGCUGUUUAGAAAGCAUCUCGUUAUUAUGAAGGGCUGUUUAGAAAGCAUCUCGUUAUUAUGAAGGGCUGUUUAGAAAGCAUCACGUUAUUAUGAAGGGCUGUUUAGAAAGCGUCACGUUAUUAUGAAGGGCUGUUUAGAAAGCAUCUCGUUAUUAUGAAGGGCUGUUUAGAAAGCAUCACGUUAUUAUGAAGGGCUGUUUAGAAAGCGUCACGUUAUUAUGAAGGGCUGUUUAGAAAGCAUCACGUUAUUAUGAAGGGCUGUUUAGGAAGCAUCACGAUAUUAUGAAGGGUUGUUAUAAAGCAUCACGUUAUUAUGAAGGACUUGUUGCAUCACAUUAUUAUGACUUUUUUUUAGAAAGCAUCAUAUUAUUAUAAAGGAAUGUUUUGAAAGCAUCACGUUAUUAUGAAGGGCUGUUUAGAAAGCAUCACGUUAUUUGGAAGGGUUGUUUAGAAAGCACCACAUUAUUAUGAAGGUCUGUUUUGAAAGCAUCAUGUUAUUAUGAAGGGCUAUUUACAAAGCAUCACGUUAUUAUGCAGGGCUGUUAGAAAGCAUCACCUUAUUAUGAAGGGCUAUUUAGAAAGCAUCACGUGAUGCUUUCUAAAUAGCCCUUCAUAAUAACGUGAUGCUUUCUAAACAGCCCUUCAUAAUAACGUGAUGCUUUCUUAACAUUACAGAUCCAGAACUCCUAAUAUAUGUGUCAUCUUUCACAGCACGUUAUCCGAGGCAACCGACCAAUCAAAGCUGAGAUGGCACACCAGCUGUACGUGCUGCAGGUGCUGACCUUUAACCUUCUGGAAGAACGCAUGAUGACCAAGAUGGAUCCCAGUGACCAGGUAAAAUGACCAGAAACUAACAAAAGCGGUCUUUUCUUUUUUUUGCAUUUCCUGAAUCUUUUAGCUGAACCCUUUUGGCCAUAUUCAUACUGUUUGAUGUUUUUAUGUUCUGCCCUCAUCCAUCUCCAGGCCCAGAGGGACAUUAUUUUUGAGCUGCGCAGGAUUGCGUUUGACGGGGAGAAUGACCCUAGUGGCACAGAGAAGAGAAAGGCCAUGUACACCAAGGACUACAAGAUGCUGGGCUUCACUGUGAGUCCAGCUAGUGGGUUGUUUUCAUCUGUAUAGCUCUCUAGAGGGGUUGUUUGAGUCGGAGUGUGUGUGGAUGUAUUAAAGUGGUUGUUUGGUGUCAUAAAGGGAUUGUUUGGUUCUGUAGAGGGGUUGGUAGAGCUGCUGCUCUCUAGAGGAGUUGUUAUGGGUCUGUCUGUGUCAUUGACGCUCAUGUCUGUUGUCUCUCCAGAACCAUGUGAACCCUGCCAUGGACUUCACUCAGACCCCUCCAGGCAUGCUGGCCCUGGACAACAUGCUCUACCUGGCCAAGCUGCACCAGGACACCUACAUCAGGGUGAGUCUGUAUGUGCGGCCCAAAUGGUACCCUAUUCCCUAUAUAGUGCACUACUUUUUUACCUAUAGUGCACUAUAUAGGGAAUAGCUUGCCAUUUUAGUUGUCUGUGAAAGAAAUCUGAAAACAAAUAUUUGAAGAUUUCAAAUGGUAGAACUUCAGUUUUCCCGAGUGUGACUAUCUCUAUAUAUAUAUAUAUAUAUAAUGUGUGUGUGUGUUUCUCACAUCAGAUUGUUCUGGAGAACAGCAGCCGCGAGGACAAACACGAGUGUCCCUUCGGACGCUGUGCCAUCGAGCUCACCCGUAUGCUGUGUGAGAUACUGCAAGUGGGAGAAUUGCGUGAGUACAAUGCUCCCACUUCUCACACCCUCACACAUGGACUCAUCACAACACAUCACAGAUGGCUUUACGGCUGAUGUGGCAUUCAAGCUAGCCUCAAUCUGUUUGGAGCUUUCCAAGCUAAUCAGAAUGGCCAAUCUCAUCAGUUCUAUUGUACAUGUAUCGUCAGAGGGAUAACUGAUUCAUUCUUUUUCAUGACAACCACGUGUUAUAAUAAGCAUCCACUGUGUGUGUUCCCUUUCUCCAGCCAACGAGGGCUGCAACGACUACCACCCCAUGUUCUUUACUCACGACCGGGCGUGGGAGGAGUUCUUCUGCGUCUGCAUCCAACUGCUCAACAAGACCUGGAAGGAGAUGAGGGCCACGGCCGAGGACUUCAACAAGGUCAGAGUUCAACCACCUAGAGACCUUUGACCACCGCAGAAUCUCUGAACCUCAUAGGCUGAGUCACGAUUCUUCACCCUUGUCCGGAAGUGUGCACUUGCACACUUUCUCGUAUGGAUUUUACAAUGUGGAAACUCCCUCCAGCCAAUGCUUACACCAAUCCUAUGCUUUUAAAGUGCACACUACUGGAAAAUUGUGGAAUAUUGGAUGUAGCCAUUGGCUCCAAUGCGUGGUUGACUGUGGUUGGUAAUCCAUUGUGUUGCUAACCCUUGGUUGGUCAGGUGAUGCAGGUGGUUCGGGAGCAGAUCACCCGGGCUCUGGCUAUGAAGCCCUCGUCCCUGGACCAGCUAAAAGGGAAACUACGAGGCCUCAGCUACUCUGAGAUCCUGCGUCUGCGCCAGUCAGAGAGGAUGAGCCAGGACGACUUCCAGUCACCACCCAUCAUGUCAGUCACGCAUCCAUGUUAACUCUUAGACUUUGUCCAUUAGAUUAGUCUGCCUCUGUGUUUGGCUUCUUAACCCCUCAUGUCAUUAUUUUAGCCUUGCCUCAGUCUUGUCUUAGUUGCUGUUCAAUACUUAGAGACCUACUGUAUGUGUGUGUGUGUGUGUGUGUGUUUGUUUGUUGCAGUGAACUGCGUGAGAGGAUCCAGCCUGAGAUACUGGAGCUGAUCAAGCAACAGCGACUCAACCGCCUGUGUGAGGGAAGCUGCUUCCGCAAGCUUGGCAACCGCCGCAGACAAGGUGGGAACCCUACACGCACACAUACACAAUAACAAAUAUGGCAGCAUUUACCUGAUGUUUUAAUAAAAAUAUUUUCUUGCUGUUGAUUUACUUCAGAGGACUGAUCACUACCUUUGUCUUUAUUCCUAACUUUGUCCUUUGUUUUGUCCUCCUCAGAGAAGUUCUGGUUCUGCCGCCUGUCUCUGAACCACAAGGUGCUGCACUAUGGAGAUCUGGACGAGUCUCCCCAGGGGGAAGUGCCUUUUGAGCUGCUCACCGACAAGAGUGAGUCUCCUGGCUACAACACUAAGUGUCUCCCACUCACUCUCUACAGCGAUGGGCUCUGUGACCUGUGCAAUCAUGAGAUUUGAGUGAGGUUGUCCAUCUAAAAGCUCAUCAGGUGAAGUCUCAAAGCACAUGGAAAGGCUUCAGUUUUACUGUUUUUUUUUAGGCAUAGGCCACACCUCAUGUUGUUCUCAGUCUAGCUUUGAGCUGAUGUUGCACAGAUAUGGAUGGUAAACAACCAAGUCUUAAAACGGACUGAUCCACAUCACGCCUAGAUCAGUGGAACUGUGCAGUGGCUGACCUAGAUACAUGCCUGUUUCAUCUCUUUUUAAUUUCCUGCUCUUUCUAAUCUUCCCCUGCAGUCCCCGUGUCUGAUAUCAAGUCAGUGGUGACGGGGAAGGACUGUCCCCACAUGAAGGAGAAGAGUGCACUGAAACAAAACAAGGUACUGUACUGGAGCCUACCAGCAGAGGGCAUGCCUUUAACUGAUAUGUAACUACUAGCCCUUCAUCUUAUUCAUCUCAAUGUUUAUGGAUGCGUCCCAAAUGGCAACUUGUUCCCUUUAUAGUGCACUACUUUUGACCAGGGCCCAUCCAUGAAAUAUCUAGUCAUUCUAGUGCAUGCAGUUCAUAUUAGAGUUGUGGAUAUGAGAUGUGAUCUCUGUUCUGUGUGUAGGAGGUGUUGGAGCUGGCCUUCUCCAUCCUGUACGAUCCUGAUGAGAACCUCAACUUUGUGGCUCCCAACAAAUAUGAGGUAAGCAACCCGUUUAACCCCAGAAUAAAUACAACUCUGAAGACAUGUAUAUGAGUGUGUGUUGCAAAUGUACUGUAUGUUAUCUGACCUGUGCUCUCUGUCUGCUUUGUGUGUCUGUGUGCCUGUCUGCCUGCUUGUGCAUGGAGCAGUACUGUAUCUGGACUGAUGGGCUGUGUGCGUUGUUGGGCCGAGAGAUGGGCAGUGACCUCACCCGCAGCGACCUGGACACACUCAUCUCCAUGGAGAUGAAGCUCCGCCUCCUGGACCUGGAGAACAUCACCAUACCCGAAGCCCCUCCCCCCGUGCCAAAGGAGCCCAGCACUUACAACUUCACCUACAACUAUGGC